CUCUCUCUCUCUCUUUCUCUUCGAACGCCAUUUGGACGCUAGUAGUGAAAAUGCUACUCAAACGCAACGACUCUCUCUCUCUUGUAACUGUCUAAUUUCUGUAUAAAACCCUCCAUUUCUGGGGUUUUUUAUAUUAUCUCCGCAACGGAAUUAUCCAUUUCUAGGUUUUAUUUCUCUCAGUAGGAGUCUCUGUUUGACUCCGCAACGGAAUUGUUGUAAGAAGGGAGAUUUCUAUAGAACUGUCGAAUACAGGGUUCUGGACGAGAGAUCUAAAGAAGCUUUGACGGAUCGGUUGAGCUCCUGAUACGCAGAAAAGCAAGAACAAUCCGAAGAUAUGGGAUGCCUAGUAUCAACACCAAAUGAUGGUGACGGGAAUAGAAGGCGGCCUGGCAAUGUGGGGGAAGUGGCCGUUUUUGUACCUGGAUUACGCAUCCCUAAGCCCAUUGAUUUUUCUCAGCCAUUAGGUGAUCGGUUGUCUAAAAGUUUAGUCGAACGUCUCUCUGCUCUUAGAACUAGAAUAGUUGUCAUGGCUGGACAAGAAGCUCCAGUAGCUAGAAAGCCACGGAGGAAAACAGCGACACGCCAUGGAGGCUCAACAUUGGCUGAUCUUCAACAGGCUCUUGAAGAUUACUUGCCAGUUCUACUGGGAUUAGUAAAAUAUGGAAGUAACCCAAAGCACAUGGUACAUUUUUUGUGGAUUAAUCAGGAGGAUGAUGCAGAGGAAACAGCCAUGCCAAAUGCUUGGUAUGAGGUAUUAUCAGUUCUUCACUUGAUGGCCACGCUAUCCUUAUCACAGGCCAAUUUAUUGCUUCUUCCUAAAACUUCUACAGAUGGUUAUCAGCCAAAAGUGUCAGAAGCAGAGAGCAGACGAAAUUCUGUUGAUAUUUUCUUGAAGGCAGCAGGAUAUUUGGAUUGUGCGAUCAGACAUGUUCUCCCUCAGAUACCUCCCGACCUCAGGACAAAUCUUCCAGUAGACCUGUCAGAAGGAGUGUUACAAGCUCUUUGUCAGCAAGCAUUAGGCCAGGGCGUUGAUAUUCAACUUGGACUAGCAAUUGAUAGUGCUAAGGCUACUCUGGCGGUAAAACGGAGACUUGCAUGCGAGAUGGUGAAGUACUGGAAUAUGGCUCAAGAGAAUAUAGUGCACCUUCCAUUAACAAAUGGUUGGGGAGAAAAGCAUCAGCUCUAUGUGAAGUGGAAACAUGCUGAAGCAAAGGCUGCAGCAUAUUAUUAUCAUGGGUUAAUCCUUGACGAGGGGAACACGGAGAAAUCUCAUGGGAUGGCAGUAGCAUCUCUCCAAGCAGCAGAGGAUUUCUUCAAAGAAAGUAAGAAGGCCUGUGAAGCAUUCAACAUGGCUCCUCCUACAUCACGGAACGCACCUCUUUGGGGAACUAUGAAAUAUCUCUCAGAGAAGAUCCCAAAAGACACCAACAGCAAGGUGCGCAUCAACCGGGAUCUGUACAGUCAGGAAAAGAUUCUAGAGACGGCCCCUGCACUGCCAGAUUUUGCUUUGGCACUGAAGCCGGAUGAGUAUCAGCUUCCUCAGGUGGACCCCUCAUGGAACAAUGAAGAUGGGCAAUUGCAGGGACGAUCUGACCAGCUGACAUCAGAACCCACUUGAGAUCCCUUUCCAGAUUACAGAUGGGGAGAGUACAGUGACAAACUGGAGCAGCCAUUGCCCAAGUGUGUAUUCAGCAGUCAAUUUUCCAUCCCUGCCUUUGUAUUAUUCUCCUUCUCAGAUAGAGAUGUCGGUUGUGUGGAUGUGGGAAUGGGGAUAGCUUUUGUGUAAGAGUUUCUGUUGUAGAAUUUGUAGACUUAAAAGAAAGAAUAUUUCACAUGUUCUUAAUCAAUUAAGGUAUAAAAUUCACUUCCUUUUUUUGUUCAUGAAA